AUGUCGAUCAAUUAUCAACUAAUCGCCGAAGGAUCGACAAUUGCAGCAGUUUUAAGGAACGUCGAGAUUCCAGAAACCUUAAGUUCAGUUGGAUAUGCACCAAGCUUCUAUCAAAAAGGCACAGAAACAAAGUUGAAAUUUGAAACUUGCAUCAUUUCAUCAAUUUCCGACUUUUUCUUCAAAUCCAGCCCAAAUGUCACUCAAAUUGAAGUCAAAAACUCAAUUAUUGACCGAAUUGAUUUGAAAUUUUUGAAAAAAUUCACAAAUUUGGAGGAAUUUAGCUUCGUAAAUUCGACUUUAAAUGAAUGUUCAGGCACAAUUUUUGGAGGUUUGCGUGACUUUACACUGAAAUUUGAGAAAGAUGGAGCAACAAAUGAGAUUAAGUUGGCUAAUGUGGACGGAAAGAUUGACUUGAAUGCUUUGGAACAAAAAGAAGAAGAGGACGUUGAAGAUCAAGCAUCUGGAUCUGGUGUAGUUCCAAAGCCAAGCUUGAAUGGCCGGCAAAUUUUGGCUAGAUCAGCUACUAAAUUUCCAAUUGCUGUUUGUCAGCCUGCUCAUGCUUCUGGUAUAUCAAGCACACAAGGUCAAACAUUUGGAUCAUCUGGAUUAGCAAGUCAAUCAUUUAGUUAUCAGCCAUCAAUAUUCGGUUCAGUACAGCCUCCAAUUACCUCAACAACCUUCGGAACUUCUUUGUUCAGCUCUCCAACAUCAUCAGACCAAUCGACAGCUGCAAAACGAUCCUGCGACCAAAAUACUUCCAAAAAUUUAGAUCAUCGAGCUCAUUUGAAGGAAAAAUACACAAAAUCGCAGACAAUUAAUGCCAAUUUGUCAAAGGAUCUGGAAGUUUUGCGUGAUCAAAUCAUGAAGCUUGAAGCUGAGAAUAAAAAGUUGAAAGAAUCUGGAAUUUUGGCAGAUUUAAAGAAAAUCUUUCAUGACGAAGCAUUUAAAGACUUUACAGUCAAUGUCAAUAAGGAAAAAUCGUUCAAGAUUCACAAACUUUUGUUUGCUGCUCGCAGUUCCGUCAUUGCUGACAUGAUCAGGAACAAUCCAGAGGACUUUGAACUAAAUCUUCAAGACAUUCCACUUCCAAUCUUUGAAGUUUUGCUGCAUUUUAUUUACAAUGACUCAGCACCUGAGCAUGAAGAUGACAAUUUAAUUGCGACUUAUGCUGCAGCUGGUCGAUUAAACAUUGUUGACUUGAAGAACUUAACAGCACAAAAGUUGAUGGACAAAAUUGAUGAAAAAAAUGCAUUUCGAGUCCUGGAAUUGAGCAACAAGUAUGGCAAUGAUGAAUUGAGAUUGAAGGCAUUCGAGGAAAUCAAAAAAGCUUUGUCUGACUACAAAUUGACUGACGAGUUCUCAAAGAAGCCUGAAAAGAUUAAAAAACUAUUGGAAAUGAAGAAGAAGAUGGACGAAGAAUAUGCAAGAAUGCGGCAAGAGUUUGAAGACAUUCAAGUUGUUAGUGAUGAUCAACAGGAGGCUGCAGAAGGUGGCAGUGAUAGUUACGAAAUUGUUGAUUGA